CGACGACGGGCUGCCCAGUAGAUUCCAUUUGUUCCAUCAGUGCUUUUGAGAAGCCAGAGUUUAUUGGAUUGUUGCGUUUGGGGUUGUUUCCUGUGAUAUUUUGGGUAAACGGUGCACUUACGGUACGCACCAAGAUGGCAGCAGGCACUGCACUCACAUUUGACACGCAACACGAGGACCUGAUACACGAUGCGCAGGUUGAUUACUAUGGCAAGCGACUAGCGACCUGUUCUUCCGACCGUACGGUAAAGAUCUACGAAAUAGAGGGGGAUGCCCAUCGGUUGGUGGACACCUUGCGAGGACACGACGGUCCCGUCUGGCAAAUCUCGUGGGCACAUCCUAAAUUCGGGAACGUCCUCGCGUCUUGCUCGUAUGAUUCCAAAGUGUGUGUUUGGAAGGAGACGAAUGGACAGUGGUCACGGGUAUGGGAACAUAAGAAGCAUGGAGCUUCGGUGAACUCGAUUGCAUGGGCGCCGCAUGAGUUUGGGUUGACACUGGCGGCUGCAUCAUCAGAUGGAAAGGUGUCAAUUGCAUCCUGCAAGGAUGACGGUACAUGGGACGUGAAUGCCUUCCCUGCCCACUCAAUCGGGUGUAACUCUGUGACGUGGGCUCCGGCCACCACACCGGGCACAUUGAUCCAAGUCACCGGCGCCGCCCCGCCAACUCUCGUAAAACGGUUUGCAACAGCCGGAUGCGAUAAUUUGAUCAAGAUUUGGCGAGAAGAGAAUGGACAGUGGAAGGAGGACGCGACUUUGGAAGGUCACACGGAUUGGGUUAGAGAUAUUGCAUGGGCUCCCAACAUUGGAUUACCUACCAGCUACCUCGCCAGUUGUUCUCAGGACAAGACCGUUCUCAUUUGGACACAAGAAGAUCCCAAAGCCCACUGGUCCAAGCGUCCUUUAAAAGCCGACCCCUUCUCUGAUGUCGUCUGGCGCGUCAGUUGGUCGACCAGUGGAAAUAUUUUGGCAGUGUCGUGCGGGGAUAAUAAGGUAUCGCUUUGGAAAGAGAAUUUGGAUGGGGAAUGGGGGGUUGUCGGGUCUGAAGUCGAAGGCAUUGCGCAGUAAAAUUGUGUAUUCGGACCGUCAACAGUGGUUUCGCUUCCCAUUCCUUUCUGUUUUUGUUUUGCAUUACUUGAAUCCGUACAGAAAAUUUAUUGAAAAUAUAAAAAAUGUCCUAGAAAUUGCUAUCCAA